UCGGAGGACGACCCCAUCCAGAAGGUGUCCUGUGGUCCCUCGUGAAGAUGCCUAGUGAAGAGGCCCAGCUCGCCUAUGGGUACCCCAGGAGAGGGCACGGCCACUCCUACAUCACAGCUAAAGAGAUCGCAGGGAUUGGCGUCCUGACGGUGAUCCUGGGACUUGUGCUGUUCCUCGGCUGCUGGUAUUGUAGAAGACGAAACGGAUACGGGAUCCUGAAGGGCAGAAGCCGUUACGUUGGUACUCAGGGUACCUUUACAGGAAGAUGUCUACGUGAGGGACUUGGUCACCAGGACAGCAAGCUGCCUUUUCUAGAGAACAAUUAUGAACCUGUGGUUCCCAAUGCCCCACCUGCCUACGAGAAACUCUCCACUCAGCAGUCCCCACCACCUUACUCUCCGUGAGAGCCAGCGAGGCCCCUGAGAGAUGCCGAAAUGAUUCGCCUCACACUUUGGAUUACAUUGAAUGUGGACAGUUAAUGUCCUGCUUCGGGAUGCUGUAGAAACAGUGUACAUCAUC